CUUGGCUACCGCCGCCCCAGUCGGUAGCCAGCCGUGGCGUUUCCGCCCCGCCCCUCAAGGACCCGGCGGCGGCUUUCGGUGUCGGCGAGGCGGGAAGCAGAGGCAACUUGCCCGGCUUGGCCCGGCGGGCUCGGGCUCUAUUUAUAGCGCCCGGCAGUGACGCCAGCGCUGCCCGACCGGCUGCAGCCGCCGUGUUACCGGGCGGAUUGUGAGGCUUUGCGUUGCCGCGGGGCCGGAGGGCGGCUAGCCCCUUCCCAGCGGGCUGGUCCGCGAGCCCUUCGCCUGCCCAGCCUGGCCCAGCGCCGCGCCUGCCCAGCCGGAGCGGGCUACCUCGGCCAAACCCCGCUGGCCGGCGCCUGCCAGCCGCGGGGCUUUGUUUGUAAACAGUGGGGACGCUUCGAGCCCUUUCCGAGCUCCUGUGGCGCGACCCGAGGCAGGCCGCGGCGCACAGAGGCUGUGGGGCUCGCUGCUGGGGCCGGAGGUGGCUUGGCCGGGCUGCGGAGCCCUGACGGAUUAGGACCCCCCCCCCCCCAGCCUUGCAGGCAGAGCCGCGAAAUAUGCCCCCUCCCCCAACGGCUGCUGCAUAACAGUGCCCGGGGCUGAGGCGCGGGCAGGCUGGAGGGACCGGUCUCUGCUUCUCCCUCUCGCUCGCUGCUGCGCCUUUGGCGAAAAGUUACAUUGUCCGGUGAGCCUCCUCGUAGAUACUGUUGCAAACGAAAAGCGGCACCAUUUACGGAGGUAACUUUGCGCGCUGAUACUGAGGAUGAAAACUCAUUUGCAAAACGAGCUUGAAAUGGGAACAGACGAAUACUCGCUUACUAUUUAAAACUUUCCGGUAGGGAAAUCCAGAUCGAUCUGUGGAGGUUGUGAUUGUUUCUCUUGUGGCAUCUGUGUGGAAAGUGCCACACACACUACAGAACAACAACGGCUUUUGCUUGCAUUUUCCAGUGUUUUUUUUGUCAGCGAGUUCAGCAAAGUUGUAAUUCUUCAAGUUCCAGCCCUGAGCUGAGUGAGGAGCCACCAGCAGAGAUGGUAAAAAUGACAAAAUCAAAAACGUUCCAGGCUUACCUGCCAAACUGUCACCGAACCUACAGCUGUAUCCACUGCAGAGCCCACCUAGCCAAUCAUGAUGAAUUGAUUUCCAAGUCUUUUCAGGGAAGCCAGGGAAGAGCCUACCUCUUUAAUUCUGUGGUAAAUGUGGGUUGUGGUCCAGCAGAGGAGAGAGUUCUUUUGACAGGUUUACAUGCUGUAGCAGAUAUCUAUUGUGAAAACUGUAAAACCACUCUUGGAUGGAAAUAUGAACAUGCUUUUGAGAGCAGUCAAAAAUACAAAGAAGGAAAAUUUAUCAUUGAACUUGCCCAUAUGAUCAAAGACAAUGGCUGGGAGUAAAUUAAAAGCAUUUUUUCACUCUGGACAAUAUUCUGUGGAACAUGCUUUAUAAAGACUAAUGCAAAUGAAAGGAGGAUUUUGGCUGAGGUAGCUCUGAGAAUAUCACUGAACUUUGCAACCUCACAAAUGAGUAGUGUAGUUUAUGUGGCUCUUUCAGGCCACGUUUGCCUUUUUCUCCUUGUGUAAGUUCCCUCUUUUGUAUAUGUAUUCUUGUGUGAACAGUUGUUUUGGAACAUUUUGGAUGACCUUUUUCUAAACUCUCAAGUUCUAGAGAAACAGUUCACUAACUGCAAAUGAAUUUUACUGGUUAGCAUUUUUAUUUGACCUAUGCCUUUAAUGCUACCUUUUGCUGUGCAUGCUUCUUGCCUAAACACCUACACCAAAUCUAGCAGAAGACUGAUAUGAGUAGUCCUGAAGAAUGUAUGGGCUGGGGGUGUCUUUUUAUAUGUAGCAAUUUCUGAUAUCUCUGGCAGUGAAAGGGAUGCAGUAUUAGAGUAUUCAUUAAUUGCUUUUUAAAAUUUGGGAGUACCAUAAUCUAUGUACAUCUUGCAGGCAAGUAAGUUAAAGGUACAGUGCUCAUUUAGAAAUCUUUUGGUUGCACUGACUCAUAUAAGUAGAUCUUAAGUUUUGCAAAAAAGAAUACAUUAAUGAUUCAGUAUUUUUAGUGCAACUAAUUUUCAAGAAUACUAAGGCAGUGAUACUGUAGAAUAUAUUUAAUCAACAUAAUUGCAUUCCUUAUCCAGCAAACUUGUGUCUUGAAGGGAGAAGUUGAUAAAAUUACAGCCUGCAAGAUCAAAGGGCACAAAAAUAUAUGCAUCUUGUAUUUAUAAAAAUUAGUCAGUAAACAAGUUUUUGGUACUGUACCUUUUAACAGUAACAGGGACUUGUGCAUCAGUGAAGUUUUAUGGCAGGUUCCAUGUAGCUGUGUAGUCUAAUGCACUGGACAAAGAGGUUGUUAUAAAGAAAAUUCAUUGAAGUAUUCUGCUUUUGCUACACUUUAACAAAAAUAUACUUAUUUUUGUGUGACAACAGGCCAGAGCUUAUGAGAUGGAAGUUAGUAACAGUAUCUGAAGAAGAGUGGGGGUUGGUGGAUGGGCAGGAAAGUGUGACGUUGACUUCAUUUCUUCAUAAAAUAGAAUAGCAAGAUAAUUUUUAAAAUAAAAAAAAAAAUAAAAAGGGGUUUGUUGGUUUGCUGGAUAAAUCAUCCCCAAAGACAUUUUCAUAAUAAAAUUUAUAUAAAGCUCAUAUCCUUUCUGUUUUUUGCUUUUUUCCAGCUGCUUCUUAACUGGAGUGACUUAGUAAGAAAGCCUUCUGUGGAUGUGUAUCCACAAAAUUUACUAUUGGGUUUUGUGCAUGCACUUUCAGAGAGGUUUAAAAAAAAUUAAUCUUGUGUCUUGAUGGAAUGAACAAUAUGAAAGCCUUACAAUAGAAUAGAAGUUAGUUUCCUUUUAAUAACUAUUUUAACAUGACAUUUGUGAAGGUUGCAAUGUGUGCCAUUGCUGCUGCUGUUACAUUUUAGAUAACUCUCUGACAGGUUUUCAAAACUCUACUGCACUUUAUUACCAGACAUCAUUCAUUUACAAGCAUGCCAAUGACUAGGAGCAAUACAGAAGCUCUACAUCAGGAGCUGUGAUAAUGAACCUACAGAACUUAAAUUUUAAAAAGUAGAAAUAGUAAAAACCCUUGGGCUUAAGUCCAAAGAACUGCUCUAGUACAACUGGGUCCAAUGUGGAUUUUGUGGGGUGGCUUAUACUGCUCCUCUAUAAUCAAGAAUUAGAUUGAACCCAGGAGUCCCCUUUAUCUGAAUGUCACUGGCACAAGAUGGUCAUCUGGUGCUGCCAUCUGUUCAGUCUGAAAGAACCUGGAAUUCUGUUUUGUUUGGGCUAUUUUUCAGUUUUCCUCUAGUAUAAUGUCCAUUGCCAACAAUGAAAGCACCGAAACAGCUAUCAACAAGGAGUUUGUGUUGGCUUCAAAGACUAAAUGCAACACCCAUGAAGAUGUCUAUAGGAAAUUUAUAUUUUCUUUGUCUGGCUACAGAUUCAAGAAGAAUUACACUGAGUUGAAGAGAAAAAUACCAUGACCCUUCACUAUAAAAAUGAGAGUACAAAUUUAAGGCUAAUUUUUUUCUUUUUACGAGACAGAACAAUCUGUAGUCAUAUUUUAAAUAGUGGAUUUGGAUGUUUCCUAUUAAUGAGCUUUUAAAAAAAAAACAAAAGAAAAAACUAGAAAAGAUAUUUUUAUUUACAUACUCAACCUCUUUUUUCAGUGCAUUAUUUAUUUGUAUUUCAAACUGGACAUUUUCACCAAAACCUUAAUUACCUUUGAUGCCAAAGGUUGGGAUUUCAUUAAGUGCUUAGCACCUAAAACUUCAACUACUGGCAUAAGGAGUUAAUGUGAGUUAUGUAUAAUGUUAUGGCUUUUAAGAGAACCAAAUAAAGCAAUAUUCUUAUUAGUCUUUUGAGGAGGAGUAAGAGGGAGUAGAGAAGGAGCUGUAACUAAUACAAAAUUCCUACUCCACACUACUAUGUAAUAAUUCUUUAUGCUUGCUAUGAUAGCUGGGAGUAUGUGAACCUUUUUUUCUUAUUGCUUGACUUGAGCAGUGAUUCUUUGAAACAGUUCUCCCAUGGUAAAGAAGUGGAGAGUUAUGCCUAAUGGUUUUGGUGAAAGUUGGUUCCAGGUAUUAGUGGCUGCUGGUUGAUGUGAAGAGGUCAGUCUGGUCACUGAACCUUCCAGCAGUACAUUAAAAAGAAAAACUUACUUGAAGAGAAUUCUACAAAGCAUUUUCCCUCUAACUUUUUUUUGUGUGUGUGUGUGCGUAAUAUAUUAAGAUUAUAUUUAAAGGUUUUGUGUGUUCAUUCUGGGCAAGUUUACUUCCUCUCCCACUUGAGCACUUUUGUUACUUGUACUGGUUAUUUUUAUUGUUGGUCUUAACAUUUAUUUUGUUGUUUGUUUUUUUUUAUAAACUGUAACAAAAAGCUUUUGUGAACUCUUGUUUCACGCUAGCUCUUUCUUGGACCAAAUGAACCAACUACGAGCUGGCUUCUUGGAAAGAAUGUUCAUUGGGAUACAUAAGAAUAUGCUAGCGAAAAAUAUACAUGUAUUGAAAGGAUUUUCUUUUGAACCCAUAAAAGCUAUGGCUGUCUUAAUAUAAUUAAGCAUCAUAAUUUGACAUUAUUUUGGAAUCUGGUGACACAUUCUUCAUUGUCUAGGCCCUAAAGAGUGACUGUAACACUGGUGUUACAAUAUUGAGAGUCUGCUUCAAAUGCCAAUAUUCUUUCCUGGGUUUAUAACUACGGACAUCCUUUUAACCAAUGAAAGGCAAUACUGGCAUUUACAAAAUAUUAAAUUGCAAAAUUUCCUGUCAACUCUGACAGAAUUUGGGAGGGCUUGCUGAUACAUCAGCCUUACCACUUUUGCUGUUUUGGAUUUUAUUUCUUUCUUUCACCGUGUUGCCAUUUUAAUAUACAGUAUUUUAUUACCCUCUUAACCAUCCAUAACCUCUUCUGACUAGUUUCUGCCUGUUGCUAAAAGGGGCUGGAAUAUGUGAACUUUUUCAUUAUCUACAAACUAUAUAGUGAUGUAGGUUGAAUUGUAACAGUACUAAUGUAGCAGAGUACAAAUAAAGUCCUGAUGCCCUACUGCAAACUAAAUAUUUGGCAAAUUUAAAAAUAAUCAGCAGCCUCUCUGUAACUGGCUUAAUUUUCAUGCAUCUAAACUUAUAGCAGCUUGUGGAAGACAUGAUUUGAAAUUAAUUUGAUUUCAAGGGAACGAUACCUCAAAGUAACAAACAGAAGCAAUUAAUCCUUUGAUUAUGGAAAUAGUAAUAUAUCCGUAUUGCUCCCUAAUGUAAACUACAUUUGUGCUAACAUAGGGUGCUCGGUACCAUUUCCAAUGGACUUGAAAAUUUUCCUUUAUAUAUUGCUCUCUCAAAAAAAAAGUUCAGAUAAGAGGAUCAUAUAGUCAGAUUGCAAGACCUGUAUCUAGAUUGAGAUACCACAGCGCCACAAAGAGAGACAAAUUUUAACAUCCCACUUGUAUGAUAAUGGGACAAGAGUGGAAGGAAGCUGUCAAAUUAUUGUUAAACUUGUAGGAUAUUGUAUUGUACUUCAUUUAGCACUCGUGUAAGCCAAUCAGCAGUAUCUAUUGUAAAGGAACAGGAAUUUCAGAGGUAAUUUUGAAAAGGACUGUUACAAAUCAUUUAAGGCCUAAAGCAUGAGUCAUAAAUGGCAACUGAGUUGUGCCUCAUAUUGUUUCUUAAACACUUUAAAAUGCUUUCUUUUAAAGAUGACAUGGCUGCUUUGCUGUUUUGUCCUAGCAAUACUGUAUAUCAUUUGUUGUUUCACUAUAUUGUAUCUGAGGUAUCACAAUAAAAGUUUCAAUGGUUUUGUUGAAUUACUUUUUAA